UUGCUUUCAAUAGACACUACGACAUUUUAUUCGUUUCUUGUUGAAUCAAGAAAAGAUUGUCUGAUAUAUUUAAUAACUGUGCUUUAUUCUUCUAAUUAAGAGUAGGUAGAAAUUGUUUCUAUAUCAGUAAUUGAUAUAGAAGUAUCAAGAAAUUAAUAUUUACUAUUGCGAUUAGUACAUUUCUAUAAAAAAAAUGGCACACUACAAAGGAGCAGCCAGUGAAGCUGGCCGUGCUAUGCAGUUGAUGAAAAAAAGAGAAAUUGCUCAACAAGAAAUAGAACUACGAAAAAAGAAAAUUGAAGAUGACUUGAAGAUACAUAAUAUAGAGAAUAAGUUUGCAACUCAUUAUAAUGCUGUUGAGCAGCAAUUAAAAACUUCUACUAUUGGUUUAGUUACAUUGAAUGAAAUGAAGGCAAAGCAAGAAAAUAUUGUGAAAGAGCGUGAAAGAAAACUUGCUCAAAAAGAACGAGAAAAAGAACAAGAGAAGGAGAGGGCACUGGCAGCAAAACAAGCAGAAAAGAAUAAACAGAAAAGACAAAUUCAGGCCUUAUCUUUUAAUUUAGAUGAAGAUGAAGAUGAAGAUGAAGAUGAAAAUGAAAAUGAAAAUGAAAGUGAAAAUGAAAAUGAAAAUGAUAAUGAAGAUGUAGAUGAAGAGAUUUCUUAUAGCGGAGAAAAAUUUGUGAAAGCACAAGAUGUGCAUUCCAGUGAACCUGUGAUCAAAAAGAUCAAGAAAAAUCCUGAUGUAGAUACAAGUUUUCUGCCAGAUAGAGAAAGAGAAGAAGAAGAAAAUAAACUUAGAGAAGAAUUAAGACAAGAAUGGGCUAGAAAGCAGAAUGCACUAAAGGAAGAAGAAAUUGAAAUCACAUUUAGUUACUGGGAUGGAUCUGGUCAUCGUCGCAGUGUUAUAAUGAAAAAAGGUAAUUCAAUUUAUCAACUUCUUCAAAGAUGUUUGGAAGUUUUAAGGCGCGAAUUUAGCGAACUUAAAACAGUAAUGGCAGAUCAGUUAAUGUAUGUUAAGGAAGAUCUUAUACUGCCACAUCAUUAUACGUUCUAUGAUUUCAUUGUCACUAAGGCACGAGGAAAGAGCGGGCCCUUAUUCACAUUUGAUGUUCAUGAUGAUAUCCGAGUUAUGCAUGACGCCUCUGUUGAAACCGAAGAAUCACAUGCUGGAAAAGUUUUACUUAGGUCAUGGUAUGAGAGGAACAAACAUAUCUUUCCAGCGAGUAGAUGGGAACCUUUUGAUCCAACAAAAAGUUAUGAUAGAUAUACGGUAUCAGAUAAAAACAAAAAAAAAGAUAAAAUGUGAUCAGCAGUUUUCUAAAAUAAUGUUAUGUUUUUUCUUAAUGUAGGAUAGAAAUAUGACACUUGUUUAUAUCGUACAGUAAUAGUUACGAAAAUGACCAAAAAUAAGUUUGUCUACGAAGUUGAUCCAUCGUGAUCGUCUACGCUUGGCAACGCUAACUUGUUUGACAUUUUGUUUUGACUCUAGUCUAUUGAUUCAUUGAUCUUCAUGUUUUUAUAUUUCCUUUAUCUUCAUACCAAUUAUAAGUCAACCUCGCGACUAUUACUGUAGGUGUAUUUAAAAUCUAAGGAUAUCUAACAAAUACUUCAAAAUAUCAAUUUUGUAAUUGUAUUAGUGGAUAUCUUUGUUUCAUUAUGACUGAUUUUUUAUAGUAACGUAAUAUACAUAUGUAUAUGUAUCAAGUCUACCGGAAAGUUCUGUCCGUUUCUAUUACAACAAGUUUCGACACGUAAGCACAUGUUUAUUUGGCGCAUGUGUGCCUCUCUAUUUUCAUCACUUAAUGUAUACAUACUGACGUAGCAAAUUAACUAAAACAAAGUUGAUUCACGUUAGUCUUAUGUGUGAAGCGAUAGUGUACCCAUGGCUACUGAUAAAGUUCAUUUACGCCACUGUAUUUUAUACGAAUUUCAACAAGGAAGAAAUGCUACAGAAGCAUGUAGAAAUUUAUUGAAAGUGUUUGGUGAAGGUACAGUUUCUGAUAGGACAUGCAGAAGAUGGUUCGAAACAGGUGAUUUCGACCUUAGAUAAAACAUUCGAAACAGGUAAUUUCGAUCUUAGAUAAAACAUUUUUCAAAAAUGGGAUAUACAAAUUGCCUUCACGCUGGCAAGAAAUCAUUAAUAUAAUAA